AGGGUAUUCACAGUAGACAGACAAAGCUUGCAGGCUGGAUACAGUACUUUUUAUUGACUCUCAGCCGGAAUCAAUGCUUGCGACUGUACCGUGUCCGUGCCCUUCGCUACGUCGCGACCCACCCAUUCGCUCCCGCUCAUGGGUGCGCCACACGUUCUCCAUAACCACGCGUUCUUCAUAGAUUCUGGAAUCCUUUCUUUGGCUACAUUUGCACUUGAAUGCAGUGUCUCACUUUACGAGACACUAAACAGCUUCUGUUCGCGUCAAAAGCAUGUGCGCGAUCUGCUCAGCGAGCUAGAGGCCCUUAAAUCCGUGCUAGCUACCAUCGGCGAAAUAGUGAAAUUGAAAUCUGACGUCGACCUCUCAUUCCUGGGCCUGCCGCUAUUGCGAUGCGGAAAUGUUUCCACAGAAUUCCGGCAGGAGGUUCUCCAAUACGCAUCGCGGUCAAACAGUCACCAGCCUAGCUUCCGGGACCGGGCCAGACUGACGUAUAUGGGUGAUAAUAUUGACUAUUUCCGCGACUUACUGGCAGGAUAUAAAGCCACGAUCACUAUUGCCUUAGUCGAUGCAAACAUGCGUCUUUCAGCGGCUGCUGUUGAAAAUAUCGGGAACUACGAGAGUCUUAUCCAAAAUGCGAAAGAAGGCCUAGAGACUCGACUCGAAAGUAUUGAUAGGAAGUUGGAAGAACUGGCCGAGAAGAAUAUGACUCAACCUGGAACAGAUGCGGCUGAGCCUCGCUCGCUGAGAGAAGAGCGCUUGAGCACAGAGAAAAGCCUUCAGCUCUGCGCCCAGUUGUCAAGCCAUAUCAAUCAGAUUCAGCUGAUGUCCGACGAGGCGGGUUCAUCUCGGGGAUCAGGUGGAGCUGAAGCGUCGCCCGAAUCGGUCACAAAUGAAGGCCUGCAAGAAUGCAAAAAUAGCUUGGCUGCGACGGCUACCAAGUUAGAGAAGCAUAUGCGAGAUGUCAUGAAUCGGGUACUCGCCAAAUCAAGGACUGCGAUCUCCUCUAAUGAAGAUGCUCAAGAUCUAUCGAGGCUGCGCGAUGAGUGGGAAACCGCCCAGCAGUGCUUGGAUAUUUGCUCACGGGCAGUUAAUCACUUAAAGAACGACGUCAGUAUCAUCGAAAAACACGGCACUGGCGGCUCUCUUCAGUUCAGGGUCUCCGUUAACGGGAAGUUUCUUCAUGGAAAGAACCGGGGGCUGGAUUGGAGGAACAGGCAACGGGGAGGCUACAUGAGGAAUCGGUAAAUCCGUCACUUAUCGCGAGACCUUGCAGCUCUUCAUCCCUUGAGGGAUGAAGUAUUCAUUUCAAAAGAUGGUUCCACGCCAAACGCAGGCGAUGUGGUGAAAGCACACACGCCAGACACAGAGACUUCUCUACGCAGGGAGAACAAUUAGAGGGUCUACUCGCAAAGCUUAAGAAUACUUUCGAGUUCGCGGUUCAGAACACCCACAUUUAAACGCCCGCAUGUUAGUGCUAAUUGCUCUGUGUGCCCCGAUGUGUGUAUCGAAUAUUGCUUUCUCUGGUCUCACUCCGAGUCUGAAGAGUUCUCUGCCGUGGUUGCAUUUCUCAGGCCAGUAGCCCUUUGUUUUCCAUCACUCAGAGGAUAGAAGUCUUAACCUGUGGUGAAUGUUCACAGAGAAUCUGGUUCUGGCGGUGGUUGGGUGUUUGCUCCGGAGGAAGAGACGAGAAAUGCCAUCUGUCCUCAGCGCCAGUUCUAGGAGCGGAUUCAUCGAACAACCACAACUUCCUCUUCCGCAUUUCCGCUCCUCAAAUAUAAACAAGAGGAAUCCGUCAAUAUAAACUUGAGACUCCCACGUUUAGGAUCCAGCGCGUCCAGUCGGAAGCGAUUGGUUGAGCCCUGAAAUCAUGGCGAGCCAGGAGCUCAACAAGGGGGCCUCGGCUAUCCACCAAGCCCUUAUCAACCCCCUGAUCCUCGAACGGAUCUUGACAUGGAUAUCUAGGGAUAGGAGAGGCUCGUGGCCAGAUCCCGAACGACUGCGAAACCUUCGAGAGGAGAACCCGGAUUAUUCGGACAACGAUUAUCAGCACUACUUUGACACAAACGGCGUGCUGGUGCGCUGCGCUCAGGUGAGCAGACAGUGGCAUUACGAAACGGC